AUGGGCCUCCUGAACACGGUCAUUGGCGCAGUGUUUGGUCAGUACAAUUCACCUAUCUUAGAGGUGCGUGUGCGGGACUUACUUUUUGACGGCAUUAGGAUAUGCCAAAGUUCGGGCUUAAUCGUUGGAAUUGUAUGCAGCCAGAUCAGAGCUAUAGGAGCCAACUCUAAUAAUUUGGUCAUUCAGGACGACGGAUCGGUGGUUUUCUCCCUUCUGUCAUACAAGGAGCUACCAAGCAAGGUGUACAAAGUGCAUCGAGGGAUAAAUGAUCCAGAAGACUUAGGCCGUAUAAUCUCCUUCAACGGCUCGUCUCAUUUCGACUACUGGGUCGAUGACAACGAAAUGGAUGGAAAUGAAACAACAGCCAGCGUUUGUAACAUGAUCAACGGGACCGAUUCGGGAAUAUUCAAUCCAUUUAUAAGCCGCGACAAGCCGCUGUAUGCAAUCAACACAGAUAUAUGCAGGCAGGUACCAUGCUACCCUUUGUCCAUUAGCAGUAUUCAGUUCGAAUAUCGACGG